AUGUCGUUUGUUGAGUCUCGCGGACCCCCGCGGGUCAAGAAUAAGGCACCCAGUGCCAUUCAAAUUUCGGCCGAACAGCUUCUACGAGAAGCUGUUGAUCGUCAAGAGCCCGGCUUGCAGGCACCAACCCAACGCUUUGCUGAUUUAGAGGAGCUUCACGAAUUUCAAGGUAGAAAACGCAAGGAAUUUGAAGAUUAUGUCCGCAGAAACCGGAUAAACAUGAACAACUGGAUGCGAUAUGCUCAGUGGGAAUUGGAGCAGAAAGAGUUCCAGCGAGCGAGGUCAAUCUUCGAGAGAGCUCUCGAUGUAGACGCCACCUCUAUCACAUUAUGGAUCCGAUAUGUUGAAGCUGAGAUGAAGGCGAGGAGCAUUAAUCAUGCCAGAAAUCUCUUGGAUCGCGCAGUCACAAUUCUACCUCGUGUGGAUAAGUUAUGGUAUAAAUAUUGCUAUAUGGAAGAGAUGCUAGGUAAUAUACCUGGUACAAGACAGGUAUUUGAACGAUGGAUGAGCUGGGAGCCAGACGAGACGGCCUGGAGUAGCUACAUCAAACUGGAGAAACGAUACGGUGAAUUUCAAAAAGCCAGAGAAAUAUUUUCAAGGUUUACAGCCGUUCAUCCGGAACCUCGGAAUUGGAUUAAAUGGGCCAGGUUCGAAGAAGAGUAUGGCACGAGUAGCCUAGUCAGAGAAGUGUUUGGAUCCGCCAUUGAAGCUUUGGGUGACGAUUUCAUGGACGAAAGACUUUUCAUUGCUUACGCUCGCUAUGAAACGAAGCUCAAGGAAUAUGAACGCGCCAGAGCCAUUUACAAGUAUGCCUUGGAUCGUCUUCCGAGAUCUAAAUCUGCAGCACUCCACAAGGCGUACACAACCUUUGAAAAGCAAUUCGGCGAUAGGGAGGGAGUCGACAAUGUAAUCAUUUCCAAACGAAGAAUCCAAUAUGAAGAAUUGGUCAAAGAAAAUCCAAAAAACUACGAUGCAUGGUUUGACUAUGCGAAACUAGAAGAAACCUCUGGAGACAUCGAUCGCGUGCGGGACACUUACGAAAGAGCAAUUGCACAAGUCCCACCAACCCACGAGAAGCGACACUGGCGACGUUACAUAUAUCUAUGGAUUUUUUACGCGAUCUGGGAAGAGCUAGAGUCAAAGGAUGUCGAGCGAGCAAGGCAAAUCUACCAGGAAUGUUUGAAGCUAAUACCCCACAAGAGCUUCACUUUUGCCAAAAUAUGGCUCAUGAAGGCACAAUUUGAGAUAAGACAAGAAAAUCUUUCCGUUGCUAGAAAGACACUUGGCCAGGCCAUCGGCCAAUGUCCUAAAGAUAAGAUUUUUAAAGGCUAUAUUGAGUUGGAGCUAAAACUAUUUGAGUUUGUGCGAUGUCGAACUUUGUAUGAAAAGCAUAUCGAAUGGAAUAGUUCUAAUUGCCAAGCAUGGAUAAAAUUUGCUGAAUUAGAGCGCGGCUUAGAUGAUCUUGUGCGGACCCGAGCAAUAUUUGAGCUCGCUAUCGAACAACCAAUGCUUGAUAUGCCCGAGCUACUAUGGAAAGCUUACAUCGAUUUUGAGGAAGAAGAGGCUGAAUACGAUCGUGCUCGGAAGUUAUAUGAGCGACUUUUAGAGAAGACAGAUCACAUCAAGGUUUGGAUCAGCUACGCACAUUUUGAAAUAAAUAUUCCCGAUGAAGAUGAUGGAGGUACGGAAGAGUUGGAUGAAUCCCCAGUUAGUGAAGCUGCCAAAGCCAGGGCUAGAACAGUCUUUGAGCGAGCACUAAAGAAUAUGAAGGAUAAAGACCUAAAAGAAGAGAGGGUAACACUACUUGACACUUGGCUAUCAUUCGAGCGGACCCAUGGAAGUGAGGUAGAGAUCGAAAAGAUACAACAAUUACUUCCUCGUAAGACAAAGAGGCGCCGCAAGCUAGACGACGAUAACUACGAGGAGUUUGUCGAUUACAUCUUUCCAGCAGACGAUCGGCAGACCGAAAAACUUUCCAACUUCCUAGCACUUGCUCAAUCGUGGAAAAAGGCUGGUGGAACUAUCAGUGGAGAUAUCUCAAGCCAAAGCUAG